UUUCCCCCAGGCCAGAUGAGAUGCACCUGCAACAAGGCGCAACAAGGUUCCACUGCUCAGCAGAGCUUCAGCUGUGUGGGACAAACUGGUGUUUACUUGGUUUUAUUAAGUCGCUUGCAGUUGGAGUUCAGAUAAAACAGAGAUCCUGGGUCCACUACGUAAAAGCCCUGCAGCAGAGCAGAUGGACCAGCUAUCCAACCGGUCAGGAGUGGGCAGCGAUGACAUUACAGAUGAGUCAACAUCCAUGGUGGAUGUCAGGUGGAGCUCUGAUGAAGACGAGAGCUCUGACCCUCAGGGACAGUGUCUGGCAGCACCUCAAGCUCCUCUGGCAACAUACAAACAGAGGUUUGAUGAAUUUAAGAAGUUGUUCAAAGAACUGCCAGAGUCAGAGAGACUCAUAGUGGACUACCCGUGUGCCCUCCAGCGGGAUAUCCUCCUUCAGGGACGUCUCUUCCUGUCAGAGAACUGGCUCUGUUUCUACAGUAAUGUGUUUCGGGGUACGAAGAUUAUACUGACUCUUAAAGAAAUCACGACUAUGACCAGAGAGAAAACAGCUCGGCUGAUUCCCAAUGCCAUCCAGGUCUGCACGAGCACAGAGAAGUUCUUCUUCACUUCCUUCUCUGCAAGAGAGAAAAGUUACCUGAGUGUUUUUCGCAUGUGGCAAAACACACUGUUGGACAAGCCUCUGACCAGUGUGGAGUUGUGGCAGAUGGUUAAACAGCAUUAUGGGUAUGACCUGGGCCUGAGCCAUGAAGAGAUGGAGAGCUUACAGAUAUCAGCAGAAUCAAGCAUGCAGACCAGCCUGACGGUGAGGCCUGGCGGUGAUGAUGGUCUUGGGAGGCUAGAGCGGACCCCCUCCCUUCGCCUCCCAGGGUUGGAGCAUGGGCCCUUAGAGACCUCCACGCCUCAGGGGGAGGACUUGCCUUCCCCUCUCGGCUCACAGCACUCCGCCAACACGGAUGAGUUUCGCAGCACCCCAUCUCAGCAGCGUAGUCCUGUUCCAUCGCUAGACCGCCUCGCCCCAGAACGGGUUUCCAAGCGCUCUUCACUUUCUCUUGACCUCAAUGCCAACGAGAAUGGCGUGUCUGAGCAGAGCGGUUCAGAGAGCAUCGAGGACGUGGAGGAGCGUGUGGGUUUACCUGAGGUGCAAGGUCGACUUUAUCUAAACAAGGUCUUCCACAUCAGCGCCAACAAGAUGUUUGAGCUGCUCUUCACCGACUCCAGCUUCAUCCGCAGGUUCAUGAACAUCAGGAAGAUAACCAACGCCAGCUUUACUGCUUGGCAAAAAGAGGCUUCAGGAAACAUGAAGAGGAGUUUGAACUACACAAUAACCAUCAGCAACCCUCUGAUUGGCAAGUUCUCCACCGCUACAGAGAACCAGACGCUGUACAAAGAAUCCAGGGAUGGUCACUAUUACCUUGUGGACUCAGAGGUUUACACUCACGACGUUCCCUACCACGAUUACUUCUAUACGCAAAAUCGGUACUAUAUCGUACGUAUCACGAAGCGGAAGUGUCGACUGAGGGUCUAUACUGAUGUGAAGUAUAAGAAGCAGCCAUGGGGCCUGGUCAAAUCCUUCAUCACCAAAAACUCCUGGAGCGGCAUAGAAGAUUAUUUCAGACAGCUGGAAGCAGAACUGCUGGAGGAGGAACCAGACAUGAACCAAGGAGGUGGAGACUCUGGGAAGAUGAGUGGGAUUCGGAGGAGGAGGCGGACUUACAGCCGGACUCUGCCAGAGCACAUCAAGCCCAACAAGCAGUACGGGCAAGACCCCGACCAGCACAGAGAUGGCAACAUGGGCCCCGUAGACAUGAAAGGCCCGAGCAGAUUGAACACCACGACAAUAGUGGCUGGAAUGAGUGUGAUUUUGCUGAUUCUGACGGUGAUGAAUCUGGGUCUGUUUUUCAAGUUGUGGGCCAUGGAGGAUGUAGCCCACCGCAUGUACCUGAGCACAAAGCAUCGGCUGAGGGAGAGGAGCGAGGCCAGCUUGGCCCCUGAAUAUAGGACCAGAGAGGAUGUGAAGCUGCUAAAAAUUGUACUUCAGGACUCCAUCAACCUUUUAGAACAGCUCCGCAGCUCUCUGGUGGUGCUACAGCAAAACUUUGCUCUGGCCAAUCUCACAGCAGCACCACAGUGACGCUUCCACACCUGGUGACUACAGAGUUGCUCGUCCCCUCGUCUUUCCUCUUCUUUUCCCUUCCCGGCCCUGUGGGGGAAAACUGCAACAGUGAACUCCCUCUGAGGAAAUCUCUGGUAUCCAGUGACAUUGCCAUGUGGCGUUCCCCAGACCCCUGAAAUCUCUUUGUGUUGCCUGGGAUUACACGUCUCAGAGCCUGUGGUUGGGCAUCAGGUGCCAGGAUGUUUUUUAAAAGGUGUGGACCGACUGCUUGCGAGGACAAAGUUACAUCAGGGUCAGCCGCACAUGGAGAAGUGGGUUUAGAUUUCUGGCUUCUUUUUCACCCUUUUCCUUAAUAGUGGCAGAAAAGUCUUUCCUAUAUUCAGAUGAGCCUCAUGCCGCAAUGAGCUAUUGUAAAUACUUUUUACUUUUGUUUUAUUCAAGUGAAGUGAAUCAAUAUUAUUUAAAACUACUUUUUUUUUUUUUUUUUCUCUUUACACUUUUGCACAUUUUUUUUAUUUUGCACAAAUGCCUAUAGAUUAGGCUGUGUUUUAGAUGUGUUGAAUUUUUAUUGAUUUCCAAUAAAAAUGGUAGAAUCAGUAACUCAAAUUUUUAAGGUUUUUCCUCUUUUGUAAUCAUGAUAAAUUCUUUUUGCUGUAACUGUAAACUACAGGAAUGAUUGCAACAUUAAAUGUACAUUAAAUUGUAAAGGGAAAUUUAGUUUUUAAUAAUACUGUAAAUGAGCCAAAUCCAGUGUGCCUUUUUUCUGUUUCAAACCACAUAUUUAAUACAUAUUUGAUUCAUUAUCUUCUAACUUCGUCCUGGACUGAUUAUAAAGCUGUGCCAUGUAAAUGAAUCAGCCCAAACAAUGGUGACAUGUCUGAUUUAACUUUAUCACCUGUAGGUGUAAUCACAGUUGUAUGUGUGCUUUCUUUUUCCUCUUUUCUUUUCUGCACUGAACCAAGUUCAUUGGUCUAAGUACUUAUUCACUCUGCUGUUAUUUCAAUAAAGGUGUAGGGUCAGUGAGUCUAUCUCAGGUUAUCUCAGUACUGUGCACUCACACUGUCAACACUAUGCAGGUUUGUUUUGUGACACUUAAUACUAUAUAUAUUUUUUAAUCAAUUGUUGGUGACAUGACAGUACAAUUGAGCCCUGUUGUAUGUUUACAGUGUUUCUCUCAGCUUUCAGUCUGUGUGCAUAUUUUUGUUCAGCUGUUAUUACUUAAAACCACUUCUGUGUGUUGUGGUCAACUUGUUUAUAAUUGGUUGCUGUUUUGUACAUUUUAUUCACACAUUGCAAUGUUUUAACAAACAAGUCUUGCUAGAGUACUCACUUUUUCUGCAACAAUUAUAAAUUUUUUACUAUCAAUUAGUCUGUCAAUAUUCUCUUGAUUAAUCAUUGACUGAAACAUGUCAUUUUAUAACUGUCAAUAAAAUAUUCUAUAAAAUAGUCAAAAA